AUUAUCUAAACUACCUUUCUCUCUCUAAUUUCAACAUGAUGAAAGUACUAAUCUUCGUCUUGGCCCUUGUAGCCAUUGUUGCUUGCUCACUGGACGUCAUUCCCCACUACAGCCACCAUGGUCAUGGCCACGGAAUCAGCACCAGAUAUUUCAGAAAGGCACAAGGUCACGGAUACGGAUUGGGAUACGGAGGACUAGGAUACGGCGGAUAUGGCCUUGGAUAUGGAGGAUAUGGUCUUGGUUAUGGAGGUUAUGGAUAUGGUGGUCUCGGAUAUGGAGGCUAUGGUUAUGGUGGUUUGGGAUAUGGAGGUUACGGAUACGGUGGAGUCUUCUAAAUAUUAAGGAGAACAACUGAAACGACAAAGACUUCUGCAAAGUCUGAAUGCAUGACAGAUUAACGUAGACAUUAGAUUCUGUAUUUUCUUUUUG